GGUCAUGGACAUUACCCGCGAAACCCACGGUCAAGGUGAAUGAAAAUCGCAACCGUGCGUUUUCCAGACACAAACGCUAAUUGUGUAUUAUUACCUACCUUCUGGAGACAUGGUCGAGAAAUUUGCUUUCUUUUGCGCAUCCGAUCGAGCAUGCCCAGACCAAACCGAAACCACUAACCAGCGCAAAAGCGCGCGUUGUUACAGUUGGACAGUUGAAUUUCUAUAAAACAUGGGUCACCGGACGGUUUGGCGAUCAAUCGAUUGUUGGCGGUUUCUGGCGGUGGACAUAUUGCACCAUGAUUAGAUUAGUGGUGCUGGGGCUGGUUUGUGCAGUUUUUGCUGAAAAACGAGAAUUCGUACCUUCGGCAAGCAUGGACACCGAAGGGGGUUGGCGAGUGAUCGAGCAUCCCAUCAUUAGCUACAACGGGCUUAGUGAGAAUGAGCCGAGUGUUUAUUUGUCCUUUCCUAAAUUGGAACGACUGUCCAGUGAAGUUGUUGGUUCGGAUUUUCUGAACAACGACGAAGAGUUUCGCAUAAAAGUGUUGGACGCACAGGACGAAGGAAGAACUGCUUUGCAACGAGCUUACGAUAGCAUUCCAGAAUCGUCGUCUUCGUACAUCACUACGAGUCAGGAAGAACCGUUGGAGUUCCUGUCUCCACUCAGGCUCGUGCAACCUCCACCGACUUUCAAGGAAGAAUCGCCAAAAUCCCAAAAGUUUCCCUCCUUCUCGUCAGGUGAUAUCAAAUCCUUCUCGAAACCUCGCAAGCUCUACCCCGAACGAUUCCCAUCGUUCUACGACAGCGUCCCCGAAAUGAGCAACGUGAAAAAUUUCCAGCAAUAUCUAGCUCAAUCCGACGACGAGUACGAGUACAUUGCUGUCCCAAAGGGAUCCUACCACAAGCUUCCCAAGAUCGUGGAAGAAAAACCCCAACUGUACGAAAUUGACAAGAACGCCCGUCCGGUGAUCCUCAGCGAAGAGAUCCGGUACGAAGGACUACCACCGUUCAUGUCCCCGAGAUUUCCACCGAUGCCAAUGAAGAUGAACUUCCCGAGAGGAGGGCCAAACAUGAUCCACAGAUCGCCGCCGCCGCGGUCUUACUUCAAGCCGAUGCCUCCGAAGCGAUCUUCGAUCAAAAUGAAACGAGUCGUGAACAAUUCGGACUCGCUGAAGCGGGCGAUGCGAUCGUACGGAGGAGGAUCGGCGACUACCAAAGGGAUUCCACUGAUUCGGGGACGGUUCCAAGUUUAG